UGUACAGUACCUGUCACCCUCCCGGCUCCCCCACCCCGGCCGCCGCACGAGGCAGGGAGGACUCCGUUCGUCCGCUGGCACAGCUGCUGCAGGGGUGUGGAGCCAGCAGCACAACCGAGAGCCCAGAGUACCGCGCCGUUUGCGCAGCAAGGUGGGAGCUGCACGGUGUCAAUCAGGAAAGAAGCCACUCCACUGCUGCUGAGUAAAACACCUCCGCACCCAGGCAGGGAGAAGGAGUAGAUGCUUCCUGGUAUCUCCCUGAGAGAGGAGAGAUGGAGCAGGUAGAGAAUCCCACUGAGGACUCCCAGCAGUCAGAGCAGCCCCUUAACCGCAACAGAGACCUCAACAAAGGAAGGAAGCCAGGGAAUGGAUUUGGCUGCACCUUAGGACGCUCUGUUAUCUGCUUAGUCCUAUUUGUCGCUGGUUUAAUCAUUGGUUUGGCAACAGCUCUGACAGUACGUAGUGCUAACUCACGUGUGGCUGAUCCUGGACCACUUGCUGCCCGCUGCUGCUUAGACAGCUGGGUCGGAUACCGAGGGAAAUGCUACUAUUUCUCAGAGGCUGAAGGGAACUGGACCUACAGCCAGAGCAACUGCUCCUCCCUCGAUGCCUCCCUGGCUGUGAUCGACAGUGACCCAGAAAUGGCUUUCAUGCUGCGCUAUAAAGGCAAACCUGAGCACUGGAUUGGCCUCCAGAGGGAGCAGGAGCUGGGCCAGCCCUGGAAAUGGGCCAACGGCAGCAAAUUCAACAGCUGGUUUUCGAUAAGAGGAGGUGGCGACUGCGCAUAUCUGAAUGAUGAGAGAGGCGUCAGCAGCGCACGGUGUAUUAUGGCAAGAUACUGGAUCUGCAGCAAACCUAUACAAAGGGAAAGGACCGUGCAAUGGGAGAGCAAAUUUAAGUGAAUCCCAUAAAUUAGACUUGGAAAAGUCAUUUUGGGCCACCUCUGGUAGUUCACUGUUACUACCAGCAGACGGUGCAGAAUGGGCUUUUUAUUCUCCUAGGUUUUGUCUAAUCUUGACUGUAAGUGUCCCCAGUGAUUGAGCUCCCAUCCAGGGCCAGCUCCAGGGUUUUUGCUGUCCCAAGCAGUGAGGGGGAAAAAAAAAAGCAGGCCGCGAUUGCGAUCAGCGGUAGCUUCACCACGCCGCUUUCUCCUUCGUGGCACUUUGGUGGCAGGUCCUUCCCUCCGAGAGGGACUGAGGGACCCGCCACCGAAGAGCCCGAUGUGCCACCCCUUCCCCUUGACCGCCCCAAGCACCUGCUUGCUGAGCUGGUGCCUGGCACCGGCUCUGCUCCCAUCCCUUCCCUUGGGGAGACAGUUCACAGCCUAAUAGACUUACCCCAGCGAGGCAGUAUUUCCUGUGAUCCAGCCUGAAAUUGACCCUUUGCUCAGUUUAAUCAAAGCAAGCACAAGCGGCUGAAGAUAAGCAUGAGUUUUCAAGGUGUAAUGACUACAAACCAGUGGGGGCCACCUGCUCAGAGUCAUCAUGUCCCAGAGCAGAGAGGAAGAAUCUUUCUGUACAGCUGUGGUCCUGGGUUUCAUUUUGGAGGAAGGGGAUGAAAUUUUAAAAAGGAUAAAAUUCUAGACUGAACUUCCGGGAUCUCUAUGGCUGUGGAGGAGUCUCCCCAAGGGAAAGGCUGGGACAUUGAAUACUUGAGUGGAUAAUGCACUAGGAAUGUGCAAUAGGGAGCAAUCCACUGUUGGCUUCUGGUGGGUGGGCAGAAUGGGAUCUAAUUGUUCUCCUGUGUCUAGUGUAUGUGCUUCUCCCUUGUGUUGGAUAUUGGCCAUGAGAUGUGACUCCUGACUCCAGGUGUAAGCCACUGCUCCCUCUUCAUUGUCAAAAAAAAUUUUUUUUUGGGAAGCCUGAGUUUUAGGAGGUAGUUCCUCCCCCCCAUAAUCCUCUAUCCCCCUCCCCCACCCCCCAUUAGUAAAACAGAUGUUACAAGUUCAGGGUUUAUAGUGACCUCUGUGUAUCAACCCCCUUCUCACUGCUGUCAAAUUUUAAGUGCGAUGAGGGAAGACACUACAAAACUAUAACGUGCUGUGAAACUGCUGCUUGGCACGUUUCUUUUCCCUUCCCCUGCUCCUCCUUUCUACCCCAUUCUCCUGUCUCUCUAUAGUUCAUCCAGGCUUAUCUCUUCAGCCAUGUCUAUGCUACAAAUUUAUGUCAACCUAACAUAUGUCGACGUACAGCCAUUGCAGUUAGUAACUUGCUGGGGUGUGUGCUUGCUUGGCUCCUUGUGUCAGCAGUCCACGUCCUCACCCCAGGUUUGCUUGUAUUGUCAAGGGGGGCAUUGUAGGAUGGCUCCUGGAGGCCACUAAUAGUCAGCAUAAGCAAUGCAGCGUCUACACUGCCACUGCGUUGACCUGAGUACAUCGACCGUGACUUUACGCGACUCGGGGAGGUGUAGAGAGGCACUUAUGUUGGCAGGAGCCCAAUUUAAGUGGUGACACUUCCCAGGUAGGUAGCUUAUGUUGACCUCGCCCUGUAGUGUAGACCAGGCCUUGGAAUAACUGUACGGUGACUAAUCCAAACCAAGUUCAGGGAACUGGGGAGGGAGGAAAAGACGGUUAUGAGUUGAAAACAGUACAGCCUCGCCGUCCUCUGAUUAGCUAAGAUCAUUCCCUUUCAGCAUUAUAUUAGUGUAACAUACUGGGGGGAUGUUUUCUUCAUGAUCAAGCCCAUCUAAUCAAUGAUGUAAAGCAUUGGGGCAUAGACUUAUUAUUAUAGUCUUUAAUUAUGUAUCUAUGUGGCAAGUAUCAUUGCCUCAGUCUUCCUUGGUUAUAAUAUACCACAUGCUAGAGUGUCAUUUCACCAUGGGGCCCUGCUCCAUGACUGGGGUCCUUGGCGCUACUGCCUCUGGAUGACUAGGUAAGCUUCAGAAGCUCUCUGUGGUAUUAUAGCUCAGCUUUUAAAGCUGGCUGUAGAAACCUGAUUGUACUUACAUUUUUUGUUUGUUUAUCCACCUAGUUGGUAACACUGGGACUAGAGUUCUUUUUAUUAUAAGCAGUGUUGGACCCUGUUGGUCCCAGGAUCUUAGAAAGGCAAGAUGGGUGAGGAGAUAUCUGUUACUGGACCAACUUCUGUUGGUCAUAGAGUGUAUAUUCACACUUGAACGUUACAGCGGCACAGUUGCAGAGGAGGGUUAACUACGGUGACGGGAGAAGCUCUUCCAUCGGCGUAGCUCGACUUUACUAAAGCACCACAAUGGCAUAGCUGCAGUGUUGUACGUGUAGAUCUGCCCUUAGGUGGGCUCAACAGUGCGGCUCAGAAGUGUGUAUUUUUCACACCCCAGCUGACAUAGUUAAAUGGACCUAAUUUUCUAGUAUAGGUCAGGCUUUAGUAUAAGAAGUUAACUAGGGACCAUUUCAAGGGACCAUUCACAGUAAAGUGGCCCAUUAACAGGUUUUUAUUAGCUAAAGAGAAAUUGGUUUUGUGAUGGUUGUUUAGCAACUGGGUUUUUGCAGGCUUUGUAAAUAACAUUAUUACAGUAUUGUUUUGAACAGUUGGAUUAUCAGUCAUGCCAAAGCAAGAGCCAUCACAUUCCAGUUUCCCUCAUCCAUGGCAUAUAGGAUGGCAGAAAAUCAUAGGAUAAAACACUUGGAGUGAAACAAUAAAUUUGUCACCUCUCUGUAUUCCAGGAUCCAUUUACUUCCUUAAAUUAAAAGAAAUUAUCAAAGAAAACUAAAAUUAAAAUCAUAAAGCAA